AGAGUGGUGCGGUCGCUUUACUAAAUUCCCAAACCAACCAAAGCAUCAAAUUGUCCAAUUUCCUUUUUUUCUUUUUGUUUUUAUUUCUCUAAUAAUUACUCUAUUCUGAGAAACGAAAAAAAGAGUAAAGUGAUAGCUAGCAUAGCACCGAUUUUGGUGGUUCAUUUCUUUCUCUCUCAACUGCAUUAUUGCAGACGUUGUUAAGGCGAGCUUGUGUUCUAUUCUAGGUGCAUAUUGCAAGAUAAGAGAUGGGUUUUGUAUAUUUUGUUGUGAAAAGUUGGUGAGCAUAAUAAUGUUUUCUGAAAGAUCGGGGGCAGAAGAAUCUCGUUGUCAAGAAGAUUUCCACGGUUUUAGUGUGUCCAAGCGUCUUGUUAGAAGUGUCAGCCAGAAGUUGAGGAAGAAGAAUAAUAACAGAAGUUUAGGGGAAGAAGAUGAUGAUGUAAAUGGAGUCAAUUUUAAAUGUCUAAGUCUGUAUGGUCGGGGUGGAGGUUGCAAGGUAGGUGCUGACACUAGUGAAGAAUUAGGAGAUUCGAGCACAAGAAGGAGAUCUAGUUCCAGUGAAGAAGGAAAGGGAUAUAGACCGGUUUGUGGUCCCCAAGAUACUGCUGUUGUAGACUGCUUCUCAUAUGGGGUGAGAGAUAGGUUUUGGAGGAGACACCACAGAAAGAAUUCUGAACUUGAUGAAUUGUUAACAACAAACAAUAAAAUGCAUGUCUUUCUUCCAGAUGAUAUUCUGGAAAUGUGUUUGGUGAGGCUUCCGUUGACAAGUUUGAUGAAUGCCCGACUUGUUUGCAAAAAAUGGAGGUCCUUGACCACCACACCUAGAUUCCUCCAGCUGAGAAGGGAGGGCUUGUAUCAAAAUCCAUGGUUAUUUCUGUUUGGUGCCGUUAAAGACGGCUUUUGCUCUGGUGAGAUACAUGCGUUGGAUGUGUCUCAGAAUCAAUGGCACAGGAUCGAGGCUGGUUUUCUCAGAGGAAGGUUCUUGUUCUCUGUUGCUAGUGUACAAGAUGAUAUCUUCAUUGUUGGAGGAUGUUCUAGCUUGACUAACUUUGGGAAAGUGGAUCGGAGCUCAUUCAAGACGCACAGAGGGGUGCUUUCAUUUAGCCCCUUGACAAAAUCUUGGCGUAAAAUAUCAGCUAUGAAGUAUGCUAGAUCAAUUCCUAUACUGGGAGUCUUUGAAGUCAGUUUGGAUUUUCCAAGUUCUCAAAGCCAUCAGAGUCGGCAGGACAGACGUUUUCCAAGAUCGAAGAUUGGUGGGGUAUCAGACGUCUAUGAGGAUCCUCAUAAGCUUUCAAUGAGACGUCAUUGCAGAUCAACCUUUAAUGAGACGGAAGCUUCAUCAUUGUCUAGUAGAAAGGCGCAUAAAUUCAUGAGACAAAUAAGCGAUCUUUCAAGCUCAAAGAGUAGUAGAAGGUUUUUGUUGAUAGCUGUUGGAGGUCUUGGAUCUUGGGAUGAGCCUCUGGACUCGGGAGAAAUAUAUGAUUCUAUCUCCAAUAAAUGGACUGAAAUCCCAAGACUGCCUUUUGAUUUUGGGAUUGCUUGUUCUGGAGUUGUAUGUGGCAAGAUGUUUUAUGUUUACUCUGAAACAGACAAGCUUGCAGCAUAUGACAUAGAACGAGGUUUCUGGAUUGCAAUUCAAGCCACUCCGAUCCCACCUCGUGUACAUGAGUACUACCCCAAACUUGUAUCUUCAAAAGGUCGUCUGUUCAUGCUUUCCGUGUCAUGGUGCGAAGGUGAUGGUCAAAUUGGGCGCCGAAACAAGGCUGUUAGAAAAUUAUGGGAGUUAGAUCUCAUGUAUCUUACCUGGACUGAAGUCUCUGUACAUCCUGAUGCCCCAAUGGACUGGAAUGCUGUAUUUGUGGCCGACAAAAACUUGAUUUUUGGAGUUGAGAUGUUCAAAAUAUUUGGCCAGGUGUUGGAUUUUUUCACUGUAUGUGAUGUGACUGAUAUGUCAAACUGGAACCAUAUUUCAAGGAACCAUGUCACUCAUGAGCUGGAUGGUUCAUCGUGUGUGACCAAAUCUGUAGCAGUAAUGCACCUUUGAACUCCUACAGUCCUAUGCUGAACAGCACAAUCUCAAAUAUUCCAUGUACGUUGUUUUGAGAUGCAAAAUGACCGAUGACCGGCGGUAAGUCCUGCUUUGUAUUUGCUGCAUAUAAUUGUACAACAGCUAGUCGUCUGAACUCGUUUUUAUUUCUCAGUUUCUGUGUUUUUUUAUUUAAUGUACCUUUUGAUUUAAUUCAUUUUACACCGAUCAUAAAGUUCAAUUUCAUCUGACUGUGCACUUGUAUUUUUCAUGCUAGCUAGUUAGCCUUCUGAGUUUUUGGAAUUAUGUUAUUGUAUGUAAAUGAAUUAUUCUCAUCUGUUAUUUGUCAAAAUUCUAUAAAUAUUGCUAAUUGCAGUCA